AUGGCUGCGCAAGCCAAUGCACCCUUCCGUCUACUAUCUCUCGGUGAUCCCCAGCUCGAGGGUGAUUCUUCGCUCCCCGAUCCGAAUGCGCUCGUUUUUCCGUCGAUCGAGAAGCUCGUACCGAAUCUGCGCGAUGCAGCCAACUUCACCCACAGACGAGACAUCGUAGAGAAAGCAGCAAGAGGUGUUGUCAAAGAUGCCGGCAGAUGGCUUGAGGGGAAAAGGAAGGCUGUAGAUCUGUGGGGCAACGACUGGUAUCUGUCGCAUAUCGUAAGAAGCCUACGAUGGUGGACUGAACCCACACACAUCAGUGUGCUUGGUGACUUGUUGGGCAGUCAGUGGGUCACAGAUGGCGAAUUCAUGAAGCGAGCAGGGCGCUAUUGGAACGUUGUCAUGAGGGGAUUGGAGAAGGUGCCGGAUGCCAUCUUUGGUGCUCUUGAAACCGAGAAGAAAGAACAGCCGCCAACAGAACCUAGAACGGAACAAGAGGUUCCAGGACAAGAGGCGAUAGACGAGGAGCAGAAACCAGAGAGGAAGGCACUGUGGGGUGGUACAACGGAAGUGUUGGGUGCUGAUCAAGACUGGGAGAAGCGCGUCAUUAACAUAGUUGGAAACCACGACGUUGGUUACGCUGGCGACAUCGACGAGUCGCGUAUCGAGCGAUUCGAAAAGGCCUUUGGAAGUUCCAACUGGGAUAUCUGGUUCACGCUCCCUGACGCACUGCGCUUGAACAAGACCAACAAACCGGCUACGCAAGACCUGCCCAGGCCUCCGACACUCCGCCUCAUUAUCCUAAACUCGAUGAAUCUCGAUACACCCGCCUGGUCCUCCGACCUUCAGACCGAGACCUACUCCUACAUGAACCACAUCAUAACCAGCUCCCUUCCAGUCGAUGACAAGACACACGCUACCAUACUCCUCACCCAUAUUCCGCUCGAGAAGGAGGAAGGUGUCUGUGUUGACAGCCCAUACUUUGACUUCUUUGAGGAAGGUCAAGGGGUGAAGGAGCAAAACAUGCUUUCAGACCAUGCUAGUAAGAUCGUCCUUGAGGGGUUGUUUGGCAUGAGUGCGAAUAAAGAUGCGGAGGGCCAGGGGCAGGGCAGGAGGGGUAUAAUACUCGACGGGCAUGAUCACGCUGGCUGUGAUGUCGUACAUUACAUUCGUCAGCCCGGCGUGGACGAUUCGUGUCAAGUGGCCCAUGUGAAGAGAGAGGAGGCGUACUGGCCAGCGAGCACUACGAAUGCGACCAUGAUUGCUACUUCGAUGGAUAUCGAUGGCGUCGACAUCAACUUGGUAGCCGCUAACGAUACCAUUGCCGAAUCCGAUGUAGCCUCGGACGAGACAGCAUCUGAAUCUGCACCAGAGCCUACUUCAGAGCCUGAACCUGAACCUCCCGCACCACCGAAAUGGAAGGCUCGUCGCUUCCCUCCGCGUCCAUACGACAUCACCCCGGCCAACGAGUGCACUUCCAUUAACGAUGUCCCUCACAUUCGCGAGAUCACGUUGCGCAGUAUGAUGGGAGAGUACUCGGGCUACGCGGGUUUUCUAUCAGCGUGGUUCGAUGAAAGCAAAGGCGAGAAGGGCGAGUGGGUCUUUGAGUUUAGCACGUGUGGAGUCGGGGUUCAGCAUUGGUGGUGGGGUGUACACAUCGUUGACCUAGUCGUGCUGCUCUGCCUAUUGGUCGGAGUUCUGGUGAGUAUUUACGAACGCUUAGCUGUGGAUGGCAGACAGUCUGCGAUGAACAGAGUUAUGAAGAAGCAGGAGGUGGAGUCGACUAAGACCUCAACGGCUUCGAAGACCAUUGUAUAUUCGACGCGUGAGAGGACGUCUUCGGUCACGGAAGUUACGAAACGAAGGAUAUAG